UGCUGAAAGAUCGUCAUGUAUAGGGAAUACAAACUGAAACAUGCUAAUGUGGGAAAAGACACGCCCCUUUUCCGGUUGAGUGGAGAACACGGGUCACUUCCUGUAUUCGGCAGCAGGCAGACAAGAAUGUCAGAGCGAGGGGAAUUGGACGCCCUGUCGUUAUUGAGGGAGAGUCUGAGAUAUGAGGGCACGGGGGCAUCGCACGUGUUUGUCAUACUAGGGGCCUCGGGAGACUUGGCCAAGAAGAAAAUUUACCCAACACUAUGGUGGUUAUACCGUGAUGGACUGGUUCCAAAGGAAACUUACUUUAUUGGCUAUGCCCGCAGCAAGAUGACCGUAGACGACAUCCGACAGAAAGCCCUGCCAUUCAUGAAGGUCAAGGAUGAUGAGAAGCAGAAGUUGGAGGAAUUCUUCAAGGUCAAUGAGUACAUUGCCGGGAGUUACGACAAACCUGAGGGGUUCUCCCGCCUGAACAAAGCCAUCAAAGAUAAAGGCAGCUGUAACCGAAUCUUCUACCUCGCACUGCCGCCCUCGGUCUACGAGUCCGUGACACUGAAUCUCAAGGCCGUCUGUAUGUCUGAAGGAGAUAAGUGGACGCGGGUCGUCGUGGAGAAGCCGUUCGGGAAGGAUUUAGACAGCUCUAAUCAACUGUCCAAUCACCUGGCAGCUCUCUUCAAAGAGGAAGAAAUCUACAGGAUUGACCAUUAUCUCGGCAAGGAGAUGGUCCAGAAUCUCAUGGUGCUAAGGUUUGCUAACAAGAUCUUCAGUCCUGUGUGGAACAGAGAUGGGAUUGCCUCAGUCGUCAUCAGCUUUAAGGAGCCAUUCGGAACCCAGGGAAGGGGAGGCUACUUUGAUGAAUUUGGAAUUAUAAGAGAUGUUAUGCAGAACCACCUGUUACAGAUUCUAACUUUGGUUGCCAUGGAGAAGCCACCAACCACUGCUGCAGAAGACAUCAGAAAUGAAAAGGUGAAGGUUUUAAAGAGCAUUUCUCCAAUAGAGCUGGAUAAUGUAGUGCUGGGUCAGUACGUGGGAAAUCCUGAGGGAGAAGGAGACGAAAAGAUCGGAUACCUGGAGGACCCCACCGUACCAAAAGGUUCCACGACGCCAACGUUCGUGACCGCGGUCCUGAAGGUGAACAACGAGAGAUGGGACGGCGUACCUUUCAUCCUCAGGUGUGGAAAGGCACUCAAUGAGAGAAAAGCUGAGGUUAGGAUACAGUUCAAGGAUGUCGCUGGGGACAUUUUCCCGUCAGGUGAAGUGAAGCGGAACGAGUUAGUUAUCCGUGUCCAGCCUGAUGAAGCAGUUUAUCUGAAGAUGAUGACAAAAUCACCGGGCAUGUCAUUUGGGUGUGAGGAGACGGAGCUGGACCUGUCUUAUAACAGUAGAUACAAGGACUUGAAGCUCCCUGAUGCCUAUGAACGGCUGAUUCUGGACGUGUUCACUGGUUCUCAGAUCCACUUUGUGCGGUCUGAUGAAUUGUACGAGGCCUGGAGAGUAUUUACUCCUAUACUGCAUCAGAUAGAGAAAGAGAAACCAAAACCUAUACCCUACAAAUAUGGCAGUCGUGGUCCCAGGGAGAGUGACGAGUUGUGCUCACGGUUUAACUUCAUUUAUACGGGAACAUACAAGUGGGAGAGACCAGCUCAAAAGAUGUGACGUCAAACCGCGAGAGAAUCUAGCUCACAAGAUAUGACAUCAAACACUGGGAACUGAAAAUCCAGAAUCUGUUGAUAGUCAUUAGAACUGCUAGGCAAAAAAAUUAAUUUCUUGGUUCUCAGACCGUCCCUCAUCUCUUCCAAGGGUGCCUCAUUGACCCUUUCUAUCGCUAAAUCAAUAAAAUAUAAACAAAUCACCUCCCUCAACAUUUUUUGAGGUUUUGUACAAUGUAAAAAGCUGCCUCGUCAUGUUUUGGGGGAAACAAAAAAGUUUUUAAAAAAUUGCCUCCCUCCCUCAUCAUAUUUCUUGAAAAAAGACCUGAGCAACAAGUAAUUAACUUUGCAUGGCCUUACCUAACCCGAAUAAAACUGUUGAUACAAUUCAUAAAACCUUGCAUGUAAAUGAGAACGAGAAA